AUAAGCUGGCCAAAAUUAUGAGCGAUCUGGAGGGAAAUUGGUAUAAUUUUAGCUACAGCGUCCUUUGCUGAAAAUGGUUAACUAAAACACUAUUUCCUUUCAAAAAAAAACUAGAGCACCAUUUUUGUUUAGGGUUCUGCGAAUUCGGCAGGUGUGCAGUUGAAGCAAACUUAAGAAGAAGAAGAUGUUUUCAGAAGCUGAGAAGGAAAGAAAGGUGCAGGAAGUGAUAGAGAUGCUUAGGAAAUGUAGAAACUUAGGAGACAGUGGCAAAGCUCUUAGAGGUAUGAAAAAUGUGUUGGCUUUAUGGUGGCAAAGCUCUAUGCUGUCCUCUUUUUCCGAGAAAAUUUUAAAUGGAAAAACAAAUAAAUAAAUAAAUUUUUAAGAGCAAAGAUUAGAAUUUUUUUUUUUUUUUUUUUUUUUUUUGGAGCACCCAAUGCUCGUUUCAGCUGUGAAUUGUGGUUACUAAUAUUAUGCUUCGCUAGUCCAUUUAGAAGGUUCUUUUUCUGUUGCAAUUUUUGAAAAUUGGAGUGGCAUCAACUGUGGAAUUCUGAAAUUGUUUGUUUUCUUUUGAUUUCUCACCAAUCAAACAGAUUAUUGAAAGUUACUUAAUGCAGUUUUAUCACAAUAUCCAAGGUGUUCCCAAGAAUUUGGGUCCAGUGCAUGAGUCGUUCCUUGCCCUGCUAUGUCUCUUUGCACAAUUCCUAAAGCUGGGUAUUUUUACAGAAUUUGCAAGCAUGUCCAUCAUUUUAAGAAUUUUUAUUCCUUCUGUGCUUUUAGAAUAGAGGAUUUCAUUGAAAGGAGCAAUACCUAUGAUUGUAAUUAUCAAGAACUUCAACACAGGAUGCAAAAUUAUGCAACCUCUGGACACCUUAUAGAAGCUCUUGAAUCCUUAAAUUCCAUGUCACUAACACUCGGGAAACCGACUGUCUAUGAUUAUAACUGUUUGAUGCAUUGUUCUUUGAAGUCGUGUAAUGUAUCGUUGGAAGCCUUGUAUGAGGUGUAUCAUGUAAUGAAAAGGUUUGGGUUUGCUCCUAAUGCAUCAACUUUUAAUACGCUUCUCAAUGGGAUGCUAUCUCAUGGUUAUCUGAAAGUUGGCUAUUCUAUUACGGAGGAGAUGUAUCGAAAUGGCUUUGUGCCAUCUUUUACAUUUAUGUCAAAAUUGUUGAAGAAAACUCUUAAAGUAGGGAGUUUAGCUGAUUCAGUUAGCAUAUUUGAGUUUAUGUUGAGGUUGAACUAUAUUCCAACUGAAUCUAGUUUGAACUUGUUGAUUUCAAAACUUAGCAAAGUUGGGAAAAUUAAAGAGGCGUACUUAGUUUACUCCAAUAUGCUGGUCAAGGGUUCUUUUUAUGCUGCAUAUUUGCAUAAUCCCAUUCUGUGGGCUCUCUGUAAGUCUGGUCAGACUUAUACUGCUUUGGCAUUGAUGAAAAAGAAAGGUGCUGUCUGUGAUGUCUGCUCUUAUACUGCUUUAAUUUAUGGGUUUGGUAGAGAAGGCCUGUGGGAAGAUCUUGUUCGCUGCUUAGAUGAAAUGCAUAGUUAUGGCUGUAAGCCUAAUACUAUAACAUACACUAUAGUUAUCAAGAGUCUCUGUGAUAAUGAAAAGACUAAAGAGGCAUUGGACUUCUUAGCAAAGAUGGAGAGGGAAGGAUGUGAGCCAGACUUGAUCACAUACAAUGUAAUUCUUCGUGCACUUUGCCUUAAAGAUAGUGUGGAAGAUAUUUUUGGGCUCAUUGAGUUGAUUGAUCAAAAAGGACUCUCUCCCAAUCCAUACACAUAUGCUGCUUUGGUGGGGGGCCUAUUGAAAAGAGAGGAGAUUAGAGUUGCUUAUAAGAUAUUGAUUGAUGCAAUCUCAAAGGGCUGUGCAGAUGUUGCUGUAUACAACAUUUACUUCCAUUGUUUAUGUCGUGUCUAUGGAUCAAGAGAAGCAUUGCGUUUGUUGGAGAAUAAGAUAAAACAAGGUUUUAUGCCCAGAAAUGCAACGUACAACACCAUUUUCAGAAAGCUGAGAAGGAAAGAAAGGUGCAGGAAGUGAUAUAGGUGCUUAGGAUAUGUAGAAACUUAGGAGAUAGUAGUGGUGGACCUGAUUUAUAUAGUAUUUUAGAGAAGGUUUUGAAGUCUAAAAAUCCAUGUAUAGUAAAUUGGACCUUCUCAGACAUGCUGCCCAUAAUGUUCAGAGAAGAAGAAGAAGAAGAAGAAGAAGAAGCAGUCUCUAGGCUGCUGGGAUAUCAGGUUGCCCUCCAUGGUUGCUCAUGGUAAAGAUGAUCAUCCUCUUAUCCCCGAUCUCUGUCUUCUUAACCUUGGUAUGUUGGGCAUGAGGAUCUUUUAAGUUGAUUUCGUUUUAAUUUAGUAUUGAGACUGAGUGGAGACAUGUGUAGAGACUGAGUGGAGAUAUGUACUGUUAAAGCUUCUAAAUGCUGACCAACCCACAUUUUGUUCAUGUUUUGCAUAUUAGGCUUCAAAAUAUCAACGGAACUGGAAACCUUAUCCGAAUGAUGUAGAAUCAUCAUCAAACAACAUAGAUGCAAUGAUUUACCGGGCUUCUAAAUACAGGAAGCAUGCAUGUGGAAACUGUGGAGCCAUGAUGCACGGUUCCAAUUCUUCUACAAAAAGAUAUCUGAAAGGUGGACCAAAGUCGACAAACGAACCUCUUGUUAAGUUACCUAAUGAUUCAGAAAUAGUGAGAUAUAAAUUCAUCACAGAUCCCUUAGGGAAUCUGUUCAGUGACCCAUCAAACUUUGCUGAUCCCCAAACACUGUUCAUCAUGUGGAUCCUGUAAGAUCCAGAUGCGAAGUUUAAUGGGAAGAUCCAGUUGAGAAGUUUAAUGGGGGCAAGUAAUUUUAGUGGUUGGUUGAGGAGGUUGUAUAAUUAUGGUAAAUUUAUUCUCAUACUGAUAUUUUUUUACUUUAAUAUAGGGUGAUAACAGCACCAGUGAAACAGUAACACAGAAACAGAACAACCCUGGUAUACUGUAGAAGGGUUUUGAGAGAAGGGGUUUUUUUAGCAUCCUUGUCAAGCUGCUGUUGGAAUUCUGUAGAAUAAUGCCUGGCUUUCUGCUGUGACAUUUCGGUUCAUGUUUGUGAAAUUUUUCUCUUUUACUAUAAUGAUCUUUGGGCCCGUUUAAAAUGGAAGAUUAAACUGAGCCGAUAUGACUAAUCAAUCUACUUCUAUUGCAAACCCAUACUAUUCUUUAACAUUC